GGACGGAGCACAGGCCAGGUCGAGACCAACACGGGUCGCUACAGCACGGAGCUUCAUUUCGUUUCCAGGGGCUUCUCCUGGUCUAGGAGUGUGUCCAUGGUCUUUCCUGUUCCGCCCUUAAUCUCGGUGUGAGCUCUGCCUUGGAUAGACUCUGCUGAAUCUGUAAGAGAUGCCGCUGCCACUACCACCCCGAGGCUCCAAACGUGAAGCAAAGAAAUCUCGGUCCAGCAAAAUUGUACCCAGUGAUCAUGGCCAAUCGGAAAAGAGAGGAGAGAACUACCGAGCAAAGAUAUCUCCGUCUUCACCUCAGGGACCACUCAAAAAGAGAUCGGCUCUGGAAGAUGUCACCAAUGCUUCUCAAAGUCAACCUGCACAGCUCAAGAAGGAAGCCAACAAGGAGUCUGUGAAAGAUGUUUCCAAGAAGAUAAACAGGAACACACCUACUCUUCGAUUGGCUGAAAACGAUGAGAUGAAUACGAAAAAGUAUACACUGGAACACUCACCCGUAGCAGUUUCUACCACCAUGGUAACAAACACAGUGGAGAAACCGCUCCUCUUGGAGAUGACGACCAUCUCCCAAACGCCCACUACUGAGGAGGCAUCUCUUUUCAAAAAUCCAUUAGUUUUAAAAGAGGAACCCACUAAUAGGGACGCAGUCCUCACCAAGACGUCUUUAUCUUUAAAGAAGCACACAAAUCAGGGGGAAGCGUCCCUGUUGGAGAAGCCACCAUCCUGGCAGAAGGAGACUGACAGUGAUUAUGAGUUUGCUGUAGAGCCAAUGACGUUUGUAAAAAAGCAUGAAACUGAGAAGGCAGCCAUCACAAAGAGGACAUCGUCCUUAAAGAAGAUGUGCACAUAUCAGGGGAAGCAGUCCUGCUAUGGGGAGGAGGUGGCCUUGCAGGACAUUAACGCUGAAGAGCAUUCCUCGAUGGAGCCGAUGAACUUUAUGAAGAAGCCUAAAACUGAGGAGGUAAUGCUCCCUACGAGGCUGUUAACUUUAAAGAAGAAGUGUGCCACUCAGGGGAAGAUGUUCCAUAAGAAGAAGCCACUAAUAUUGCAGAAGACCACCUCUGGAGAAAAGUGGCUUAUGAAGGAGCAAUUGUCCUUUAAUAAGAAGCCUACCACUGAAGAGUCCCUUUUCCAAGAGCCAUCUCUGUUACAAGAGAAGCAUACCACUCAGGGGAAGGUGGCUCUCUUGAAAAAGCCAUGGGCAUUGCAGGAGAAUAUUCACAGUAAAGAUGAAUUUGUUAUGGAGCCAGUUUCUUUUAGGAUGAAACAUACCACAGAUGAGGCAGCCUCCACCAAGGAGACAUUAUCUUUAAAGAAGAACAAGCCCACCAUUCCAAUAAUGACGUCCACCUGCCCAGAACUGGUUGACUUGCAGAAUACAGUUGGCAAAGGGAAUGAUUCCUUAUUUAUGGAGCCAGUGUCAUUUAGGAAGAAGUCUUCAACUGAGGGGGCAAUCGUUACCAAGACACCGUUCUCUUUAAAGAAGAAGAGAAAAACUCAGAGGAAGAUGACCCUCUUAAACAAGCCGCUAGUCUUAGAGAAGAGCACCUCUGAAGAGGAGUCAAUCUUUAAGAAGCCGUUGCCCUGCAAAAAAAAGCCUUCAACUGAUGAGGAAUUCCUCUUCCAGUUUCCGUCUGUAUUGAAAGAGAAGCACAGCACUCUGCAAGAGGUAUCCCUCUCAGAGAAGCCAUCAGCUUUGCAGGAAAAGACCACCACUGAAGAAGAAUCAGAUAUUCAGGAACCACUGGAGGAAAAGCGUACCACUGAGGGCGAGUUACUCUCUCAGGAGCCAUUUUCAUUGCACGUUAAACCUACCAACAAAUAUGGGCCCCUUUUCGGGAAGAGUUUGAACGUGCAGAAGACUGAUGCCAAAGAAGACUCCUUAAAGAUGCUGUUGGCUUUGCAGAAGAAAAGCACCACUGAAGAGAAAUCCCUUUUCAAGAAACCACUUAUUCUGAAGAAGAAACUCUCCACUGAGGCAACAACAAGCAUAGAGAGCCAAUUAUCUCAAAAGAAGCCCACUGCUCAAGGGGAGGCGUUCUUCUCGAGGAAGCAGUUGGUCUUCCAAGAGAACAUCACCAAUGAAGAGCAGUCUCUUCUUAAACAGCCCCUGGCCUUGCAGGAGAAGCCUGGCAGUGAGAAGGAGGCCAUCCUGAAGGAGCCCUUGGCCUUGCAGGAGAAGCCCACAAUUGAGGAGGAGGCCAUCCUGAAGGAGCUCUUGACCUUGCAGGAGAAGCCCAGCAGUGAGAAGGAGGCCAUCCUGGAGGAGCUCUUGGCCUUGCAGGAGAAUUCCAGCAGUGAGGAGGCGGCCCUCUUCAAGGAGCCAUUAGCCUUUCAGGGGCAGCCUACCAUCAGUGAGGCAUGCCAUUUCAAGGAGAUACUUCCCUUGAAUGGGAAACCCACCACGGGGCAGGAGUUGUCCUUUGAGAAGCCAGUGGCCUUGCAAGAGAAUCCUACCUACACAGAAGACACCUUUCCUAAAGAUUUCUUCAUCCCCCAAGUUAAGACCAGCCCACACGUGUCCAGCACUGUCACUGAAUCCACAACAGGCAUGUCCAGUACUUCCACCAUGUCCAGUAUGAGCAAGUUUAGUACCACAAGCAAUUCCAGUGCUUGUGAAUCCAGUUCCAAUAAACCCUUCUCACCGUGGGACAAGAGAUCACAGAACGAGCAGAUAGCCCCACUGGAGGAUAUUGAGAAGGACCACAAUUAUCAAUUUUUCAACUCAGUAUAUGCCAAGGAUAUCUUCACUUACAUGAAGCAGAGAGAGGAAAAGUUCAUACUUAAAAAAUACAUGAACAGGCAGACUGACAUCAACAGUGACAUGAGGGCCAUUCUUGUGGACUGGUUGGUGGAGGUGCAGAUGACCUUUGAGGUGAGUCACGAGACCCUCUACUUGGCAGUGAAGCUGGUGGAUCACUACCUUAUGGAGGUAAUAUGCAAGAGGGACAAGCUACAACUCAUUGGUUCCACUGCUUUUCUGAUUGCAGCAAAAUUUGAGGAGCCUUACCCACCUUGUGUGGAUGACUUCCUGUAUAUCUGUGAUGACAUUUAUCAGCGAAAGGAGAUGCUCGCCGUUGAAAUUAGCAUCCUGCAAACCCUCAAUUUCGAUAUCAACAUUCCUGUAGCCUAUCAUUUUCUGCGCAGAUAUGCUGUGUGUCUCCGUGCCGACAUGAACAUACUGACCCUGUCCCGCUUCGUCUGCGAGAUGACCCUGCAGGAAUACGACUAUAUCCAUGAGAGGGCUUCCAAGCUAGCUGCUGGCUGCUUUCUCUUGGCCCUCUACAUGAAGAAGCUCGGACACUGGGCUCCCACCCUGGAGUGUUACAGUGGCUACAAGACCUCUGAUCUUCACCCCUUGGUUAAGCAGCUGAACAACAUGCUGACUUCACGUUCUUCCGAUAAGCUCAAGACUGUGCAUUCCAAGUAUUCUCACCAGGUCUUCUUUGAAGUCACCAAAAUCCCCCCCUUGGACGUGUUGGAGCUGGAGGAGAUUAUGAACUCCUGCUAAUUCUGAGAGUGAGGGCCUGGACCUCUGGCAGCAGUCACCAAGGCCCGGCGUGCGUUUAAAUAGGCUGUAUUUAUUCUGUCCUUGAAUUUGUCUUUUUAUCACUUUUCUUCAUUUUUAGUCUUUGUUUGACUUUU